ACCAGUGAAUAGGACGUCAGCUACUGGACGUUCUCCCCCAGUGCUCCGUGCGUACCUUGUUUUUUCCCGGUUAAAAAGUUCCCUUCAUUUGGUUGAAUAGAUGUCGUCAGGAAAUCCUCAAAAAGUUUCACGAUGGUACUUUGGAGGCCUGGCUAGCGCUGGAGCAGCGUUCUGUACCCAUCCGUUGGACUUGCUGAAGGUGAUCUACCAGAUCGAUCUGCGAACCAACCUGUCCAUGUUUCAGCUUUCUCGCGAAAUUGUGCGAGAUGAUGGAUUUACUGCUCUGUAUAGUGGCGUUUCGGCAGCAAUCCUUCGCCAACUCACCUAUUCGACCACCAGAUUCGCCAUUUACGAGCUUGGCAAGCAAUCUGACUUAGGCAAAGACUCGGGAUUUCUCGGGCGAAUCGUGAUGGCCGCUAUCGGAGGUACUGUGGGAGGUUUCGUCGGAUCUCCGGCGGACCUGAUCAACGUACGAAUGCAGAACGACGUUAAACUUCCUCCUGCACAGCGAAGAAACUACAAAAAUGCGAUCGAUGGUAUUGUUCGCGUGUGGAGAGAGGAAGGCUUUCGACGGUUAUUUUCGGGCGCUAGUUCGGCAACAGCCCGAUCCGUUUUUAUGACCAUCGGUCAGCUAACGUUCUACGAUCAGGCAAAGUACACACUGUUCCAAACGGGUCACUUCACAGACAAUAUUGGGACGCAUUUUCUUGCGUCACUGAUCGCCGGAGGUAUCGCGACAACGAUGACCCAACCGAUCGAUGUGGUGAAAACGGUUAUGAUGAACGCAAAGCCAGGUGAGUUCCGGAACAUCGGUGCCAUCCUACGACACAUCGGAAAGAUGGGCCCGGUUGGCUUUUUCAAGGGAUUCGUUCCACGCUUCAUACGGUUGGGACCGCACACGGUGUUAACGUUUAUCUUCCUGGAGCAGCUUCGGAUCCACUUUGGAGUGUUUCGGAAUACGUAAGAAUCUCAGGGAAAAGGGGGCAUAGAAUUGAAAGACUGAGUUUGCUUUUCUGAGCAAUUGAAGUGCGAAAUGUUUCGGCAAAGUAGUAUUAGAAUAGUUCUUAGCAUUUCUUCAAGAUAACAAACAACUGACAAAGUUCCGUUAAAUAAA